CGUCGUGGCGUCGUUUCACGCGCACUCAAUCAGGCCGGGACUGGUGCAAUUUGAUAUCGAUGCUACAUAUUUGCAUUAGUCCGGACCUAGUUGAGUAAGCUUCGUCCAAUUCCAUUUCCGACGGGUUCAGAUCCAAUCGAGAUUUCCUGUGGGAACCGAAGACGAAAUUUUCGACGAAGACACGUAACUGCCGUGACGUAAUCGCGUAAAAAUGCUACGAAGAAAUUUACGCUAUCCCCGAGAAAAAUGACAAUAGAGAAAUAAUGGUAAGACGUUCGAACAACACGAGUUAAAUGUAAAUAAUAACGAGCUGGUUGAGACGAGGCGAUGCUGGUCGUAGCGUGUCCCGUUGGUCACUAAAUUAUUCUAACGUGAGAAUAACGGAGAGCAGAGGCACGCGCGAUCCCUGCGACACGCACUGCACGAAUGAUGGAGCCAGCCGAAUGAUGGUGACCGAACCGGGGGCCCUUUGUUUCCUCGAACACUUCGUGGAAUUCUUCGAAGGUCAACUGGUGUGUUGGGUUUCAAAGACCGACAGUUUCUGGGAAGCGGAAACUAAAGGGAACCGAUUUCGGGGAUCGCAGCGUCCUCGUUGAUAGCGAUGGGACUGAUCAGUACCUUCUCACGAUUAUCAAGCAAUUCCAUACUCUGUAACAAUGUCUCUUGAACUAUAUCCGGUACGAUAUGAAUAAGAGAUCCAUGAGAAAUCGUAAUUAAUCAUUGGAAUCCAGCCAUCCUUUUCAGGGUCCUAAAUAAGUAUUAUUUCCAUCGUUAGCUAACAGAACAUGGUCGAACGACAGCAGACAAUUGCUCGGCCACGUGAACACCACAAAUUAACAUGCGAGUCACGGAGGCCAAUGACAUCGAGUAACACCAUCUCUCGUUUGUUCCCCUCGUGGCGUUUUAACACCGCCAAACGAGCCUCGUUACUUCCUCGCUGAUCACCGUGCGACCCUUUCUCCGUCGCUCCCCGACGUCGUGGGUUCGCGAACUUCGCCGAGGGACGAGAGCACCGGGUGUUCACCGAAGACUCUUCUUUCGGUUGCUGGGUGGGAGGAAGACGAUCCACGGGCACGGAUCGAGUAUAUAAGCACGGUUGCUCCGACCUGAAUCUGCACAGACCAAUUAUUGCCAUCGUUUGGCGAUAGAUCGUCCCGCUGUGCGACGAGUUAGCAUCGGGGAGGCUCGUUCUCAGACACACCGAAUUUCUUCACCGGCGAGAUGAGAUCGCUCGCUGUGGUACUGCUGGCGGUCGCUGGCACGUGUUACGCGGCCCGACUGGACAACACUUACCUGCCUCCCGGUAAUGCGGGCAGCGCAGGCGGCGCAGGAUUGAUUCAAGCUCCUAAUCGAGGAGGAGGUGGUCCCGGAGGCCGAGGACCAGGAGGGCCUGGAGGUCCUGGAGGUCCUGGAGGUCCUGGAAGACCAGGAGGAUCAGGUGGACCAGGUAGUUACGGCGGAGGAGGAGGAGGAGGAGGAUUUGGCCCUGGAGGCGGCGGUGGAUUUGGUCCUGGAAGCGGCGGAGGUGGCGGUGGAUUUGGUCCUGGAGGCGGCGGAGGUGGCGGUGGAUUUGGUCCUGGAGGUGGCGGUGGAUUCGGUCCUGGAGGCGGCGGAGGUGGAUUCGGUGGACCAGGCGGCGGUGGUGGUGGCGGUGGACCAAGGGGAGGACCUGGUGGCGGUCAGGAGAUACCCAUCGUUUCGUACAACAACGAGAACGGCGGCGACGGCAACUACCAAUUCAGCUACGAAACAGGAAAUGGUAUCAGUGCGCAGGAAACGGGUCAUCAGCAAGGUAACGGAGAAGCGGUGAGCGGGUCAUACUCGUACACGGGUCCCGAUGGCGUGCAAUACAGCGUCACUUACACCGCGGACGAGGAAGGUUUCCAUCCCCAAGGUGCUCAUCUUCCGACUCCGCCCCCGAUCCCACCAGAAAUCCAACGAGGUGUCGAGUUAGCGCUCGCUGCUGAGGCCAGAGGCGAGAAUCAAGAUACAUCUGGAGGCGGUGGUGGCAACGGCGGCGGCGGUGGUGGUGGUGGUGGUGCUGGUGGUGGUCGUGGUGGAGGAGGUGGAUACUCUCAAGGAGGUGGCUACGGAAAUAGCGGUGGAAGUGGAGGCGGAGGCGGUGGCGGUGCUGGACGAGGAGGCGGCGGCGGCGGUGGGUCUUAUCAAGGUCCAAAUUCAUACCAAUCAAGUUCGGGCGGAUACCGUUACUAAACGACACCAUAAAAAAAAGUCAUUGCGUGUUACACGAUCAAUUUUGUUCCAUGAUAAUAAUCAUAUUUAAUGGCGGCCUUAUGUACAUAA